AAAUUGCACAGUUUUGUGGCCCUCCUUUCUGGGUCUGUAAUUUCGCUUUGUGAGGUAUAUAUCGGGCGAAUUUCAACAUGAGCAGCCCAGCAAAGCUUCAGGACCUGCCACCAAAAGAAGGUUAUCAAAGCAUCCCAUUCAAGCGGGUGCCCGCUAAAACUUACUUUAAAGGUUGGCAUAUGAUUGCGGGUUACGCUGGUAUAUCCACCUUUGGACUGUUUCUGUACUGGCUCAAUGUAAAGGAAAACCACCGGAAUGAUGUCGAAAUGCGCUCUGCUAGAAAUGUCAUCUAUCCGUUGCUCCUUGCCGAGCGUGAUCGUGAGUACUUGAAACAGCUUCGGCGAAACCGUGACGAAGAAGCGGAACUGAUGAAGAACGUCGAGGGAUGGGAGGUUGGCACCUGGUACGGAGAACCAGUAUUCAAGACGCUCCCGAAGGAUAAGUUGGUCGAACCAACUUUCCAAGAGUUUUACGUUCACACCGACUACAAACAUAUGGCUAAACGUGCAGACAUUAAGCUGAUGAAUUAAUGAGCCUCUUCGAGCAGAAUUGUAGAGGAAUGGUUAAUUGAAAUUAAAUAAAAUUUGUCGUUCC